ACCCCAACCACACGCCUUAAUUGUAUAUCCAAUACCGCCCUAACCAACUACUACUAUCCUACCCCCAUUAACUAAUUCCCACAUCGUUAUUAAAAGAGACCCCCAUAAACCCAUUUCCGGAUCUAACUACGGCUCACUCACCCGUAUCUGAUUGCUAGCUCAAUUUUGUGAAGUGGGUCUCUGCCUCUCUGGCUCGAGGAGAUGAAGGUCACCGUAGUUACUAGGAGUGGUAGAGAGCUUUUCAAGGGUGGCCUCGAGCUCAGUGACUCUGCCACUGUUGCUGAUCUGCAGGAGGAGAUCCAUAAGCGAUCCAAAAAGUUCUAUCCUUCAAGGCAGCGGCUUACUCUUCCUGUCAAACCAGGAUCAAAAGAGAAGGCAGUUGUCCUCUCCUCCAAGAAGAGUCUCAAAGAUUAUUACAGUGGAAACUCAGACAACUUAACUGUGGUGUUUAAGGACUUAGGCCCACAAGUUGAAUACCGAACACUCUUCUUCUUUGAGUAUAUUGGUCCUUUGCUCAUUUAUCCCAUAUUUUACUUCUUCCCUGUUUACCAGUACUUGGGCUUCAAAGGAGACCGUGUCAUCCACCCAGUACAGACAUAUGCUCUAUAUUAUUAUUGCUUCCACUACUUUAAACGUAUUAUGGAAACAUUUUUCAUACAUAGGUUCAGCCAUGCAACCUCACCUCUCUCCUAUGUAUCUCGGAAUUGUGCUUAUUAUUGGAGCUUUGCGGCACUUAUGGCUUACUACGUGAAUCACCCACUUUACACCCCUGUUAGCGACCUCCAAAUGAAGAUUGGGUUUGGUUUUGGGAUAAUAUGUCAAAUCGCAAACUUAUAUUGUCAUAUUCUAUUGAGGAAUCUGAGGAGCCCUGAUGGAAGUGGAGGCUAUCAAAUACCAUGUGGUUUUCUAUUCAAUAUAGUGACAUGCGCAAAUUACACAACUGAGAUUUAUCAGUGGUUGGGCUUUAAUAUUGCAACGCAGACGGUUGCUGGUUAUCUUUUUGCUGUAGUUGCUGCUUCUAUCAUGACCAAUUGGGCCCUUGGAAAGCACCGCCGUUUAAAGAAGCUAUUUGAUGGGAAGGACGGAAGACCUAAGUAUCCACGUCGAUGGGUGAUUCUACCACCAUUCUUGUAGAAGUGAUUGGCGAGCCUACCUUCAUUGGUCUCUUGGUAUGAAGUGUUCAAAUUGCACCAAUGGGUGAUCAACGUGAAGAAGUUCAAAUCGCAUAAUUAUCCAAUUUCAAGAUUGAUGUUAGUAUUCUGCUUAGACCUUGUAAUAAUUUAUUAGAAAGACUUGGAGAUUUGCUUGUCGAUCUAUACAAGAGUAGUCUAUCUUGUUCUAGUCAGUUUGAACUCUUUUAUCAUUUGCACUUCCUAACUAAUGUAAUUUUUGAAUUGAAAGCAAUAAUAUUUGUUAUGUUGCCCGGA